AUGAAACCACCCCUUGCCCUGGCCUUCCUUUGCCUCCUGGCAUCCCUGGCUAGCGGGAACCUGGUCCAGUUUGGAGUGAUGAUCGAGAGGAUGACAGGGAAGUCUGCGCUGCAGUACAAUGACUACGGCUGCUACUGUGGUGUAGGUGGCUCCAACUGGCCAGUGGACCAGACUGAUUGGUGCUGCCACGCCCAUGACUGUUGCUAUGGACGCGUGGAGAAGCUGGGCUGUGAGCCCAAGCUGGAAAAGUACUUCUUUGCUAUUGGUCGAGACACCAUCUUCUGUGCUGGUAGAACGACUUGCCAGCGGCAGACCUGCGAAUGUGACAAACGGGCCGCGCUCUGCUUCCGCCGCAACCUGGGCACGUAUAACCGCAAGUAUGCCCACUACCCCAACAAGCUGUGCACCGGGCCCACCCCACCCUGCUGA